ACAUGUGGUGAUGGACAAAUACCAGUCUUUAGCUGAUCGGGCUUUCGUGUCAGAACUCAUCAUUGAACACAGUUCGUUUACCGAUAGCGGGGACUACAUAUGUCGCAGCAGCCGCAAUGAUAUAGCGAAUUUGAAAGUGACCGUACUUCAUGCGGAUUCAUCCAACGUGAGAAGAG